CUGCGUGUUACGUAUGAUUUAAGUGGGAAUCGAAUACUUCACGGAUCUCCAGAGUGCAGUCUGCUUCUAAUUCUUGCAAUCUAAACAUAAUCCAUCUCCAUAUUGCCGCAGCUACAUUUUGUCGAAAGUGAAAACAUGGUUUUGAACAAGACGUGCCUCAUACUGCUCGUAGCGGUAGUAUUUAUUUCUUACAUCCAAACAGGUUCAGCCUUGGAAUGCUAUACGUGCUCGUCCUUAGACAAUUCAACUUGCGGAACCCCAUUCAACCCUGCCAUAGUAGGCGUCAUGAAGUGUAUGGGCAAUGACAACGUUUGCCUUAAAGGAUCAAACCAUGGUACAACUGUUGCUGUGGUUACGAGGGGAUGCGGAACCAAAGACUCAUGUCACGCAUAUAAUAAGAAGUGCCAUACUUGUAACUCGGAUAGGUGUAAUUCUUCGAACAAUGCCAAAUUUCAGUUUAUGCUACUGCCCUUAGUCGGUAUUACCAUUGUGAAGUCUUAUCUGUGAGAUCUUUUAUUUUGUGAUGUUUAUUUUUGUAUUUUGGAGUAUACGUGAUUAUAUUAAAAAAAAACUUUUUAAACAAUCUGA